AUGGGAAAACGCUCCGUUUCGUCGGUGGACCUAGAGGGUGCUUGGCGGAGAGGACUUUUCUCAGGAUUUGUAUCUGGGAGGGAGUCCGAUGGGGAAGCUGGGAAUAUUACUUGUGAUAUUAGCGAAAAUGUGGGGGCUUCGAUGUUCUACAGAAACGGCACAGGUUUCGAUCGAGAUGGGUUUGAUGCUCAAUCUUCAACUGGGUGCUUAUUAGGAUGCUUCAGAGUUAUUACAGACAUGUUUUUAGGCCAAAAGCAUUCAUAUCAGAAUGAAAAGUUUAGGCGUGGGUGUCGAUUUCUUGAAGCGGAGACUAAGUAUAGCCAGCGGGCUAUACUAUCUCUUGAAAAUUAA